GCAGGAUAUCGACAGGGACACUUCACAGAUCAACUGACUGCAAAAGACAAUAAUGGCCAGUGCAGUGGAACGAGUGAAAACAACAAAACCAGUGAUGGCAAAGGAAACUAAGAAAGAAUUCAGGAUUGUGCUUGUUGGUAAAACAGGAGUUGGUAAGAGUUCAACAGGAAACACCAUCUUAGGAAGCAAAGCUUUUAAAUGUAAGCUAGCUUUCGGUUCAAUGACAGAACAGUGUGAGAAAAAAACAUGUGAGUUUGAUGGUCAAAAGCUGUCUGUAGUGGAUACUCCAGGUCUGUUUGACAAUAAAAAAAAAAAUACUGAUGUGAUGAAAGAAAUCGCGAAGUGUAUCUCCUUUGGUGCUCCUGGCCCUCAUGUGUUCCUGAUUCUGAUCGAGAUUGGAAGAUUCACCAAAGAAGAUGUAGAAACAGUGGAAACCCUUCAUAAAAUGUUUGGAAGAGAAGCAUCAAGUUACACUAUGGUCCUUUUCACCCGUGGAGACAAUCUGGAGGGAUAUAAAACCAAAAUAAAGGACUUAAUCAGUGAUGAUCCAGCUAUCAGGCGCUUCAUCAGUCAGUGUGGUGGAGUAUACCAUGUUUUUAACAACAAAAGCAACGAUCCCCUUCAGGUCAGAGAGCUGCUGGAGAUAAUCAACACCAUGGUUGAGAGAAAUGGAGGAAGAUACUACACCAAUGAAAUGUUCAGAAAGGCUGAGAAAGCGAUCACAGAAGAGAUGGAACGACUUCAGAGGGAAACUCCAGAGAUAACCUCAAGAGAAGCAAGAGCACAGGCAGAGAGAGAUAAUAAAUUUAUCCGGAGCUUUGUAACUAAUACACUUCUUGGAGCUGUUGCUGGAGCUGCUGGAGCUGCUCUUAGUGGAGCUGUUACUGGUGCUGCUGCUGGUCCAGUGGGAGUUGUAGUUGGAGGUGCAACAGGUGCUGCAGUGGGUCUUUCAAGUGGAAUUGUAGCUGUGGCAAUGGAGAAGUGCAUCAUACAGUAACAUUCUGUGUAUUUCAUUGUGCAGCAGUGGAAUCACUGUGCAAUGACAAUAAAGGGUUAUCUUAUGUUCUUAUCUUAUUAGAAAUAAGGGAAAUAAUAAAAGCAGCAAUCUGUAACUGUUCUUUUUUACUAAAGGCAUUAUCUUUUCUAAUACUAUUGUCUAUCUAUGACACAGGUUAUUUGAGUAUUGAGUAUUGAUUAUGAGAUUCUCAUUAAAUUGUUAAAUUGUUUAGCAAAAUCAACCUAUAUUAAAACUGUAGAAGUAGGAAGACUGAGUUGGGCUAAGUAACUGCAAAAAUAGUGAUUAAUUCUUCAUAAAUAUUUUAUAAAUAUUUAGAAUAAUUUCUUUUGGGUUUUUUGUCUUUAACUGUAACCUAUGUUCUAUUAACUUUGAUUUUCAAGCACUUCAUAAUCAGACACCAUUGGUUUCAGUUUCUUCUAUCAGAUUUUCUACUGCUUUUGUUGGCUUUGGGAUGCAGACAUCUCUCUGUCACUGCUUUUUCCACUUAUAGAUCAACGUGCUUCCUUAUGUAGAAAAAUGUAAAUGUGGCAGAAUGCAGACAGCAGGUAGCCAGCAAAAUCUACUGAUUUAGGAUCAUCCACACUCAAUAUCAUAACACAUGAUGCCACGAAGAGAAUUCUUGUUUUUCAAAAAUCUGACAGAAGUUUUGUGCAUGGCAAGAACAUUUCUGCACAGAUAUUUGGGAAUUGAUGAUCUUUUAAAUAAUGAUUGGUGAAAGUUGUCUUGUGCAA